UUGUAUGUUUCUUUGUAUGGUAAGCUUCUCAAUUAAACUAUAUAAAUACCAACUACGAUCAUUCAUUGCACAUACCAACAGCUCCAAGAGACACUUGUACUUGGACCAUGGAGUCGUGUCUUCCUUUCUUGGCUCUCUUUUUUCUCGUCAUGCAGAUCACGGUCACUGUGUAUGCUAGGCCAAAUCCUGAAGAAUAUAAGCAACACUCGCAUGUUGGAGGAGGUACUUUGGUGUCAACCGAUCCCACAAAGAGAAGCCCAUGCAACCAAAGAAAGUCCCCCAAUGAGGACUUCGAACCAAGGCCUAAUAUCUUAGUGUAUGAUAAUAGUGCUGGUUUAAAAGAUAAGAAGAUGUUUCCCAAUGAUUUUGAGCCGAGACCAAACGUUUCGAUUUAUGAAAACGGAGCAAGUGUAAAAGGUAAGAAGAUGUUUGACGAAGAGUUUGAGCCAAGGCCAAAUGUCUCGGUAUACGAUAACAGUGGAAGUCUUAAAGGUAAAAGGACAUUUGAUGAAGAGUUUGAGCCGAGACCAAGUGUCACAGCGUACAAAGGUUGACGGUACUUAGUGGCGAUAAGGUUUAUUACCAAUGAAGUGUGUACUAUAUUUGAAGCAAGAAUAAAGCAAGGCUUAUAUGUCUUGGAAUAACGCUUUUAAAUUUCGGAGAGGGAGGAUAUUAUGUAAAUUAUAUCCAUAUGUUGUAGGUUUUUAUGGGUCUAUAUUUAAUUUUGCUUUGUAUGCCUUGUGCAAUAUAUAUAUUCUUAUAGAUAUUUUUGGGUUCAA